AUGUGGUCAUCCAGUCGAGUUGCAAGAAGUGGGAUCAGGUUGUUGUGGCGCAUGCAUAUGCAGUGUAUAAAACGGGUUGGAUCAGAUUCUUCAUCUCGCAGCAAACGCUUGUUGUAUUCCAUGCAAAGUGAACAAAGCUACAACGAGAAGCCGUCUCAAGAGCAACGACGUGAAUGGGAGCGAGAACAGCAACUCUUGUGUACGCGCAUUACUACCCAUGACGAUCGAUUGACAUUUGAACCUGAGACGUUGGAAGGGUUAAAGUAUGUUGGAGGAGUGGACUUGAGCUUUCCAGAGGAUAAUAUGGAGGAAGCCCUUGCAUGUCUAUCCGUGUUGGCGUGGCCUAGUCUCGAGGUUGUGCAUACAUCCUACCUGAAAACACGAUUGUAUCUUCCAUACAUUGCUGGUUUCCUUGCGUUUCGUGAAGUUGGCCCAUUGUCGCAUCUAUUGCAGCAACUCAAAGAGAUAAAUCCCGAGCUGUAUCCACAAAUUGUAUUGGUCGAUGGCAACGGGCGAUUGCAUCCAAGGAUGUGUGGUAUUGCUUGUCACCUAGGCGUGGUUGCUGAUGUACCAACAGUGGGCGUUGCCAAGAACUUUUUGGUGAUUGAUAAUGAAUUGGAUAUGAAGGACGUCAAAAGCACAUGUCGUCAAGUCUUGCAUCAACGCGGAGAUCAUCACCUACUCAAGGGACGUAGCUCAGGACAAGUCUAUGGAGCAGCCUUAAGGACGACCGAUGCAGCACCGAAUCCCGUGUUUGUUAGUCAAGGUCAUCGAGUGAGCCUUGACACAGCCCUUCGUGUUGUCAUGGCAUGUAGUCGUUAUCGUAUUCCAGAACCUAUUCGUCGUGCAGAUUUAGAUAGUCGAGCCUAUAUCAAAAACAAUCCCAUGUUCACAAAAUAG